CCCCUCGGUGCUCGUGCCUGCUAUGGAAUGCCCUCGCCCUGCCAUCCGACCCAGCCGCCCACUGUAGGACCCGCCUCCGCUCCCGUCCCGCCCAGGGAACUGGCACUGCGCUCCUAAUUUCAGCCACAGGAGGUUUAUCUGGGCUGUGACCCCGCCCCCCCAGCCCUGCCCCGCCCUCCCCCUGGGCUGAGUCCAUGUCGCUGAGCGGCGGGCCGGACGUCCUGAAGGAGGGCGAGAGCGGAGCUCUGACCGAGCCGGCGGCCAGCCGAGGCAAAGCCGCCCUGCAGCCGCCCAGCCGGGAGGGCACCGCAGAGGGCAUGGAGGCAGAGGAGAGCGCCACGCAGGACUCCCAGCGGCGGAGCCAGAACCACGGGCACGGCAGGAAACGGACCAAGUCCAACGCCAAGCAGAAGCUCGUCCGCAGUCUGGCCGUCUGCGAGGAGUCCUCUGGACCGUUCUCCGAUGGGCCUCCGGAACUGCACACACAGGACAUCAUCCAGCUGCACGUCAGCUGUCCCUCGGACAAGGAGGAGGAGAAGUCCUCCAAAGAGGAGGGCGAGAACGAGGAGAAGGAGAAGAGCAAGGAGAAGACCCCGCGGAAGAUGCUCUCUCGCGACUCCAGUCAGGAAUACACUGACUCCACUGGUAUCGACGUGCACGAGUUCUUGGUCAACACACUGAAAAACAACCCCAGGGAUCGAAUGAUGCUGCUCAAACUGGAACAGGAUAUCCUGGAGUUCAUCAACGAUGACAAUAACCAGUAUAAGAAGUUUCCUCAGAUGACCUCGUACCAUCGCAUGCUGCUGCACCGUGUGGCUGCCUACUUCGGCAUGGACCACAACGUGGACCAGACGGGCAAGGCCGUCAUCAUCAACAAGACUGGCAACACUCGCAUCCCGGAGCAGAGGUUCUCCGAGCACAUCAAGGACGAGCGGAACAUGGAUUUCCAGAAGAAGUUCAUCCUGAAGAGGGACGACGCCAGCAUGGACAAGGAUGACAACCAGAUUCGCGUGCCACUGCAGGACGGGCGGCGCAGUAAGUCCAUCGAGGAGCGGGAGGAGGAGUACCAGCGGGUUCGAGACCGGAUCUUCGCCCGCGAGUCCUCUCAGAACGGCUACAUCAACGACAACAGACUUUCCACCGACGGCUACUCCUCUAGCUCCCAAAAGAGGAGACAGAUCUUUAGGGGGAACCGGGAGAGCUCCAGCCGGGCGUCGAGCAGUCGCCAGAGCAGCACGGACAGCGAGAUGAAGUGCCUGGAGCCGCGUCCCUGGAGCAGCACCGACUCGGACAGCUCCAACCGCACCCUGCGGCCGCCCGUCACCAAGGCCAGCAGCUUCUCGGGCAUCUCCAUCCUGACCCGCGGGGACAGCCUGGGCAGCAAGGGGUCCCAGGGGAGCUCCCGAGGCUCGCGCUCUGGUCUUCCUCUGUCCGUCCCAGACGUGUGCCCCCAGCCCCCUGCCCCGCUGCAGACAGGCCGGAGCCUGCUCCCCUGCCCCUCCGCCCCCCAGCAGCCUCAGGUGCAGCAGGCACAGCCCCCACCCCAGGCCGCCCUGCUGCCCACCCCACCUCAGCACCCCAUGGGAAACCACAUGAUGAGCCAGCCAGUGGCUUCUCCGCAGCCUGUGUCCUACUCCAGCCCUUCCUGCCCCCAGGUCCUCCUGCCCGUCUCUCCUCCCCAGCAGUACAACAUGACGGAGGAGUUGGCCCCUCAGUUCGGCCAGAUGACCCUGAGCCGCCAGGGCUCCAGCGAGGCCCCGGAGCCCCCCUCCAUGUACCAGCCGCCCCCCACCGUGCUGCCCCAGCACCCGCCGCCCCAGACGGGGUACAUCAUGGCCCCCGGGGGCCAGCCGCUGCCUCCUCCCUCCGGCUACCAGCCCAGCUCGGGACACCCCCACCAGCACCCCCCGCCCCCUCCGCCGCCCCCCUCUCAGCCCGUCCUGCAGGCCCCGCCCCCUCCCCAGGGCUACAUGCAGCCGCCUCCUCCGCAGCAGAUCCAGGUGUCAUACUAUUCCCCGGGGCAGUAUGCCAGCUCAGGACAGCAGUAUCGGCCCAUGUCUCACCAGAUGUCUUACACAGCCCAGCGCUCUCAGCCCCUGACCCAGCCUAUGACCCAGCCCCUCACCCAGCCUCUCGCCCAGCCCACGCAGCCGUCUGCAGGCCUUCAGACGAUGAUGCCCAGUCAGCAGCCAGCGUACCAGGGCAUGAUGGGAGUUCAGCAGCCGCAGAACCCGGGCCUCCUCAACUCCCCGCGGACAGGGAUGGGAGGGCAGAUGCAGAGCAUCAUGGUCCAGUACCCGCCCAUGCCCUCGUACCAGGUGCCGGUGGCCAGUGACACUCAGCAGGUAGUCCAGCAGCAGUUCCAGCAGCCCGUGAUGGUCCCGGCCAGCCAGUCUGUGCAGGGGGGCCUGGCUGGGGGGGGCAUGCCAGUGUACUACAGCGUCCUCACCCCCACCCAGCAGAACAGCACAAGCCCGUCAGUGGGAUACCUCCAGCCCCCCAGCUCUGAGCAGUAUCAGAUGACCCAGUCCCCCUCCCCCUGCAACCCCCAGCAAAUGCAGCAGCAAUAUUCAGGUGUGGCGCCCCCUGGCCCUGGGGUGAUGGUAAUGCAGCUGAGCGUUCCCAAUGGGCCCCAGCCGACCCAGAACCCCACCAUGGUGCAGUGGAACCCCUGCAAAUACUACAGCCUGGAGCAGAGAGCCAGCAAGCCUGGGGAGCUGUACAAGCCUGACUCCAACCCGCAGGCCGGUAACCAGCUGGGCAGCCCCCUGGCCUCGCCCACGCAGUCCCCCACCCCCUCCCCCUCCGGCAGCCUCAACAGCAUCUGCCCCGGCCUGGGCCCCCUGCCCCUCAUCUCACAGUUCCCCCGGCCCGGAGGACCUGCACAAGGGGACGGGCGCUACUCUCUGCUGGGACAGCCCCUCCAGUACAGCCUCUGUCCUCCUCCCCUCAUGCACAGCCAGUCCUCCUACAGCUCCCACCAGAGCCAAGGAGGAAUGAAACCAGGGGCUCGGGGGAAGAGGCAGACGCUGAAGUCCGCUUCUACAGACCUGGGCACCACUGACAUGGUGGUGAGCCGGGUGCUGGAGGUGACGGACCUGCCGGAGGGGAUCUCGCGCCCAGAGGCCGAGAAGCUCUUCAACCAGCUCUCGCUGUGUGGCGCCAAGAUCCAGUGGCUGAAGGACAGCCAGGGCGGGCGGGGCUCGGCGGCCUGCGGGGGCGGGCCGGGGGGGCGGGGCGAGGCCUCCGACCCCGCCCACCUGUACACGGUGGUGGCCGUGUUCCCCAGCACCAUGGCCGCUCAGAGCGCUUCCUUCAAACUCAACAACAGCGGCGGCGGCCUCUUCAAACUGCGCGCCGCCAAAAAGAACUAUGACCUGCGAAUCCUGGAGAGAGCCAGCUCCCAGUGAGGGGGGAAGGGGGGGGGAA